UGAGUCAAAUUUGACCUUGUCAUUAUUAAUAGAGACAGGCAGAUACAUAAAUAAUGGAUUUAAAUGAAGUAAAAAGAUAACAUUCCAUCGUAUUCUAAUGCACGUGGUGGCGCCAUAUAUGUGCCAUUAAAACGGUCAGUUUUGAUUUUUGCGUCCACUUAUCAGGCCCCACCCGACCCGCUCCUCCGACUCUUUCACACCUGACUUAACGAACCCACAUACGACGCCGUAUAAGGUUCCUUCCUGAUAACCGUUGUUACAGCAAAAUUACAAACAUACCCUCAUCUUCUUCAUCAUAUCAAUUCGAAUCCAUUUUCCCACCACACUAUCUCUCUCCCUCUAAUGGCUUCUUCAAGAAAGCUUCUUGCUCUCUUCUUCUUUAUCUCAAUAGCCAAACCAAUCUUUGUCUCCUCCGAUAACGUAAACUUCACAUUCAAAUCCUUCACCAUCCGAAACCUCACGUUCCUCGGCGACUCCCACCUCCGAAACGGCGUCGUGGGACUAACACGCGAGCUAGGCGUACCCGACACGAGCUCCGGAACCGUAAUCUACAACACACCAAUCCGUUUCUACGAUCCAGUCUCGAACACCACGGCGUCUUUCUCCACACACUUCUCCUUCUCCGUCCAAAACGUGAACCCAGACUCCUCCGGCGACGGGCUCUCCUUCUUCCUCUCCCACGACAACGACACCUUAGGAAGCCCCGGAGAGUUCUUGGGCCUCGUGAACUCCUCCCAGCCCAUGAAGAACCGCUUCGUCGCGAUCGAAUUCGACACCAAACUCGAUCCCAACUUCAACGACCCGAGCGGGAACCACGUCGGGUUAGACGUCGAUAGCUUGAACUCGAUCGCCACGUCGGAUCCGUCGAUCGAUCUCAAAUCCGGAAAAUCGAUUACGUCUUGGAUCGAUUACAAGAACGAUAUGCGUUUAUUAAACGUCUUCUUGAGCUACACUGAUCCUAUAGCUACAACGAAGAAGCCAGAGAAGCCUAUUUUAUCUGUAAACAUCGAUCUUGCUCCGUUCUUGAACGGCGAGAUGUACGUAGGGUUCUCCGGUUCGACGGAAGGGAGCACUGAGAUUCAUCUCAUCGAGAAUUGGAGCUUCAAGACGUCCGGGUUUGUUCCGGUUAGAUCGAAAUCUAACCGUCCUCACAACGUUUCAGGUAGCUCUGUAGCUCCUGUGGCUAUACCUAAGGGUGGAGGAAGACGUCAAAGACACGGUCUCGCGAUUGGGCUUGGGAUCUCUUGUCCUGUCUUCUUCUGUUUAGCGCUCUUGGUGUUUGGUUACUUCACGUUGAAGAAGCUGAAAGGAGUUAAAGCGGAGAAGGAGCUCAAGACGGAGCUUAUCACAGGCCUUAGAGAGUUUAGCUACAGAGAGCUUUACGCAGCCACGAAAGGGUUUCACUCGAGUCGUGUCAUUGGGAGAGGAGCGUUUGGGAAUGUGUACAGAGCUAUGUUUGUUUCGUCGGGAACUAUCUCUGCUGUGAAGAGAUCGAGGCAUAACUCGACGGAAGGGAGGACGGAGUUUUUAGCUGAGCUUUCGAUUAUUGCUUGCUUGCGGCACAAGAAUCUUGUUCAGUUGCAGGGUUGGUGUAACGAGAAGGGAGAGUUGCUUCUUGUUUACGAGUUCAUGCCUAACGGGAGUCUUGAUAAGAUUCUGUAUCAGGAGUCGGAGACUGGAGCUGUGGCUCUUGACUGGUCGCAUAGGUUGAACAUAGCGAUUGGUUUGGCUUCGGCUUUGUCUUAUCUUCACCAUGAGUGUGAGCAGCAGGUGGUUCACAGAGAUAUAAAGGCAAGCAACAUAAUGCUAGACAUCAACUUCAACGCGAGGCUAGGAGAUUUUGGUCUGGCGAGGCUCACUGAGCACGAUAAAAGCCCUAUCUCGACGUUAACAGCUGGUACGAUGGGGUAUCUCGCACCGGAGUAUCUCCAGUACGGGACUGCGACUGAGAUGACUGAUGCGUUUAGCUACGGAGUGGUGAUUUUAGAGAUUGCUUGCGGGAGAAGGCCGAUAGAUAAGGAGCCGGAGAAUCAAAAGACUGUCAACUUGGUGGAUUGGGUUUGGAGAUUGCACAGUGAAGGAAGAGUGCUUGAUGCUGUGGAUGAGAGGUUGAGAGGCGAGUUCGAUGAGGAGAUGAUGAAGAAGCUGUUGCUUGUUGGGCUUAAGUGUGCACAUCCGGAUAGUAAUGAGAGACCAUCGAUGAGACGUGUGCUACAGAUACUGAACAAUGAGGUUGAGCCUAGUCCGGUUCCGAAGAUGAAACCAACGCUAUCUUUCUCUAUUGGGUUGAUAAGUCUUGAUGAUAUUGUUUCCAAAGAUGAUGGAGACAGCAUCGUGUAGAAGUUCUUUUUAAUUUCUUUCGUUUGAAAUUUGUUUUGAUUUUUGUAACAAAUGUGUGGCCUUUGGUUCAAUGAGUUUAUAUUGAACGAUUAGGUUUUUGUAUUCAUAUAAACUCCAUCUCAGAAUCCAGUUCAAAAAGCUCGUUUAUUCUUACAGAUUA